AUAAAGGAGGUGUUAUAUCAUACAUGUUCCUACUAUAGCCUAACUUCCUCCUUCUCUAGCUUAAAAAAAAUAAGCCUGAGUUUCCCAUUUAUGUUUCUUGCUUCAAGAACCAGUAAGUGGGGUUUAGAGAGAGAAAGUGAUUGAGUGAGAGAGAGUGGUAGGGUUUUCACUUCAAGAAAGAUAAGGAUACACAGGUACCAUAUAUAGCUAAGCUUCUUCUUCUAAAGAACCCUAAAUUUACCAUCUUAAGGAAGAGCAAGAGGGUGUGGUUUAGAGAGAGAGUUUUUUGCUCAAGAAACUUAACCAUAGCUAGGGUUUACUCAUCUUUAGAGGGUGUGGGGGGUGGUGUUGGAGCCAAGUGAUGCGCUCAGGAGGUUGUACUGUACAGCAGACACUAACAACAGAGGCUGCUUCUGUGUUGAAGCACUCUCUCAGCCUUGCUAGGAGGAGGGGCCAUGCUCAGGUCACUCCUCUUCAUGUGGCUGCUACUCUUCUUAUGAGUUCAAGAGCCAGUAUUCUAAGAAGGGCUUGCAUCAAAUCACAAACCAAUUCUUCUCCAUCUUCCCAUAUUACCCCUUCUCUUCACCAUCCAAAUCCCCAUAUUACCCCUACCCCACCACCCCUCCAUUGUAGGGCACUUGAGCUUUGUUUUAAUGUGGCUCUCAACAGGCUCCCCACAACGCCUGGCCCACUCCUCCAUGGCCAACCUUCACUUUCUAAUGCUCUCAUUGCUGCACUCAAGAGAGCUCAAGCUCAUCAAAGAAGAGGGUGUAUUGAGAAUCAACAAACUCAAAGUCAGCAACAGUGUCAACAACAACAAAAUCCACCUUUGUUAGCCAUAAAAGUGGAGCUUGAACAACUCAUUCUUUCAAUUCUUGAUGAUCCAAGUGUUAGUAGGGUUAUGAGAGAAGCUGGUUUUUCAAGUACUGCUGUGAAAAGCAACUUAGAAGAGUUCUCUUCUAGCUCUUUAACUUCUGCACCAAGAGUGUUUUUUGGUAGUUCUGGUGGUGGUGUUUACUCAUCUCCUUCUUCACCAAACUCUGAUCACCAAUACAACCAUCUUCAUCAAAACCCUAACUUUUGGCAAACCCAUUUCUUGAACCACUCUCCUGACCAAAACCCUUCUCCAAAACUAGACCAUUCUUUGAAAAAAGAUGUCACCUUGGUUAUGGAGGUUUUGCUAGGGAAAAAAUCAAGAAAAAACACUGUGAUAGUUGGUGAUUCUUUAUCAAUAACUGAAGGUGUUGUCAUUGAGUUAAUGGGGAAGGUAGAAAGGGGAGAUGUCCCAAAUGAACUAAGAUGUGCUCAUUUCAUAAAGUUUCAGUUUUCAUCACUGCCAUUGAGGUUCAUGAAAAGGGAAGAAGUGGAGAUGAAUUUAGCAGAUUUAAGAAGAAAAGUUGAGUCUUUAUUAUCAACAGGAGAUGGAGUGAUCAUAUAUGCAGGUGAUCUAAAAUGGACAGUGGAUGAGAGAGAGCUUGGAGGAGAGAGAGGAGGGAUUAGUUACAGUCCAGUGGAUCAUCUUGUUGCUGAAAUUGGGAGGUUGAUUUCACAAUAUAAUGUCACUAACAAGGUUUGGUUAAUUGGAACUUCAAAUUAUCAAACUUUCAUGAAAAGCAAGAUGAAAAUGCCUUCUCUUGAGGUUCAAUGGAGUCUUCAGGCUGUUUCUCUUCCUUCUGCUGGACUUGGCUUGAGUCUGAAUGCAAACACCACCAGUGGGCAUGAAUCAAGGGUAAACUUGCCAAACAAGACGUGUGAAGACACUGUGGAUAGGAAGCCAUUGCUAAGCACUAAAGACGAAGGAGAUGAUGAUAUGGUGGUCAUGAAUUGUUGUGGAGAAUGCAACUCUAAUUAUGAAAAAGAAGCGGCCGCAGCCGCCACCACGAAUCGAACCUCCACUGUCUUACCGUUUUGGCUUCACCCUUCAACACAUUCAUCAACCCUUCACAAGGACAACUUAGUUGAGCUUAGAAGGAAAUGGAACAGGCUAUGCCAAAGUCUACACCAAGGAAGACACAAUCUAAACAAGAAUUACAUGAAUUCAUCAUCUUUGAAUAGCGACGAUAAUCAAGGGUCGGUUGCAAAAAGCUACUCCUAUAGCUCCUCAAGUCAUCAUCCUUUUUGGCCUAAAAACCAUAUUGAAUCCAACUCGACUUCAAUCUCUUUUGCUGAUACAUUGAAGCAUCAAAAUGGUGGUGGGGAGCGUUCUUAUCCCAGAUUCAGAAGACAACAAUCGUGUCACAUUGAUUUGAGUUUCAGCAGGACGAAUCAUCAGAAACUCGGUCAAGAACCAAACUUGGAUUGUCUCAAGAGUAGAGAAGAUGAUAAAGAGGUCAAAAUAACACUUGGUCUUGGAAAUUCGGUCAACGACUUGUCCAAACGACAAGAUGUUUAUAAGUGUUUGCAAGAAAAUGUGCCAUGGCAUUCUGAGAAAAUGCACUCGAUUGUUGAGUUUUUGAUGAGUUCAUCGUCUCCUAAAGCUACCAAGAAAGAUUCUUGGUUCUUGAUUGAGGGGAAUGACUCUAUAGGGAAGAAAAGAUUGGCGAUGGCGAUCGCGAAGGCCAUGUUUGGCUCGAGUGAUACGCUUUUAUGCUUUAACAUGCGUGGUCCAGUUCACAAAUUUGAAAAUCUCAAAAGGGGAUUGAAAGAUCAAGAAAAUGUUGUUGUGUUGGUGGAAGAUGCUGAUUUUGGUGAUGGGAGUUUUUUGAAAUCUUUGAGUGAUGGAUUUGAAAAUGGAAAGUUUGGUGAUCGUGGUGAAGUUAUAUUUGUUUUGAGCAAGGGUUGUGAUCAUGUUGAUGAUGAGAAAAGGAGCGGAAUGUCACCAGCUCAAAUGAAAUUGGUUGUAAAUGAGAUCAAUCCCAUCUCAAAAGCCGAUCAAAAGCGAAAACCCAAGUGGGAUUUGGAUGAACUAAGCAAGAGGAAAGUUCCAAGAAUGGAAGAGGCCGAAAUCAAGAAAGAUUUGUCUAGACAAUCAAGCUCAAACACUCUUGAUCUCAACAUCAAAGCGGAGGCACAAGAUGAUGAGAACAAUGGAAAUGUAUUAGAAUUUAGCCCGAAUUCAAGUGAUUUGACUCGUGAAAUGGAUGGUAGUCCCCAAAAUCCAUCCGGGUUUCUUGAAACAGUGAAAAACCAACUCGUGUUCGACCUAUCUCCAGCUCGAGAUAGCUUGAUGAGGGAGAGUUUCAUGUUCAAGAUGAAAGGGGUGUUUGAGGGUGUGUUUGGGAGCACAGAAUUUGAUUUGAAAGUGGAAGAGAUGGUGUUAGAUGAAGUUUUGCAUGGGUGUGGGGUAUACUUAAAUGGUUUGUUUGAGAAAUGGCUAAAAGAGGUUUUUCAAACAAGCUUAGAAGUUGUGAAAAAUGGGGGGAAAGGAGUAAAGAGUUUAAGGGUGUGUGUGGUGAUAGAUGAAAAAGAAGGGGGUGGGGUUGGUAUAGAAGAAAAGGAUGAGGGAUUCAUGGGUACGAAUCUCCCAAACAGCAUCAAAAUAUGUUAUAUUAUGUAGGUUUAUUUUACCUAGUAAAGUUAUGAAAUGUUCUAUAAAUCAGAUGUUCUAGUUUAAUCAGAAUUGUGUUUAUUUUUUUUUUUU